CACCACCCUCUCCAUUUCCUCGCAACAAAACAGUAAACCUUCUUCAGUACUCCUCACAACCUACAUUCUAUAGAAAUGGAGAUGGUAGCCAACAUUGUGGCAGAAAGGCCAGUGGUGAUCUUUAGCAAGAGCAAUUGUUGCGUGAGCGAGAGUGUCAAGUCUUUGUUCUAUGAGUUUGGAGUCAAUCCAGCCAUAUACGAGCUGAAUGAAAGUCUGCAAAGCCGCGAUAUAGAGCAGGCGCUUGGAAGGCUGGGAUGCAACCCUGUAGUCCCGGCUGUGUUCAUAGGCGGUGAACUUGUGGGCGGUGUCAAUGAGGUGAUGAGUCUCCACCUCAAACGUAACUUGAAACCAAGGCUCCGACAAGCAGGAGCCCUCUGGGUUUAAGACUCGCAUUACAUAAGGCCUAAAGGUAAGUAUGAAUAAGUGAUGCAGUAAAAUUGCAGAGCAACAGAGAAUAUCAAUGUCGGACUAUGAAAUAAUUUUGUCGAAUCCACUGUACAAUGGAGGCUAUAUACUGUGUGCUAAGAUCCAUUUCAUCAUAAUAAAAUUUUGUCUUUCAUGUUUAUGCCACUUUUUUGGUAUGAAUACUUUAAGCACUUCUAUC